CUCCUGCUGAGUCUUGACAGCGUCAGGCAGAGGUCCACAGUGAGGGCAGGGCUGAUCACCUCCUCGGAUUACAAUGGUCGACACAGAAAUGCCGUUUUGGCCCAUUAAUUUUGGAAUUAGCCCAGUGGAUCUGUCUGCCAUGGAAGAUCACUCUCAUUCCUUCGACAUAAAGCCCUUUACCACUGUUGAUUUUUCUAGUAUUUCUUCACUACACUAUGAAGAUAUUCCUCUUGCAAGAACUGACCAGACAGCCAUUGAUUACAAAUAUGAUACCAAGCUCCAGGAAUGCCAAAGUGCAAUCAAAAUGGAGCCUCCUUCCCCACCUUAUUUUUCAGAAAAAGUUCAGUUGUACAAUAAACCUCCUGAAGAGACCUCCAAUUCUCUCAUGGCUAUAGAAUGCAGAGUAUGUGGGGACAAGGCUUCUGGAUUUCAUUAUGGUGUGCAUGCAUGCGAAGGUUGUAAGGGUUUCUUUCGAAGAACAAUCAGGUUAAAGCUAAUCUAUGACAGAUGUGAUCUGAAUUGUCGCAUUUAUAAGAAAAGCAGGAAUAAAUGUCAGUAUUGCAGAUUUCAGAAAUGCCUUGCAGUUGGCAUGUCACAUAAUGCUAUCAGGUUUGGGCGAAUGCCACAAGCUGAGAAGGAGAAGCUCCUGGCAGAGAUUUCCAGCGACAUCGACCAGUUAAACCCAGAGUCGGCUGAUCUUCGAGCCCUUGCCAAGAACUUGUAUGACUCAUACAUAAAGUCCUUCCCUCUGACCAAAGCCAAGGCGAGGGCAAUCUUGACAGGAAAAACGACAGACAAAUCACCAUUCGUUAUUUACGACAUGAACUCCUUAAUGAUGGGUGAAGAUCAGAUCAAUUGCAAACAUGUGACACCCCUGCAGGAGCAGAACAAAGAGGUGGCAAUUCGCAUCUUCCAGCGGUGUCAGUUUCGAUCAGUGGAGGCAGUGCAGGAGAUCACAGAAUUUGCCAAAAGCAUUCCAGGCUUUGUGAACCUUGACCUGAAUGACCAAGUAACUCUCCUGAAAUAUGGUGUCCACGAGAUCAUCUAUACAUUGCUGGCCUCACUGAUGAAUAAAGAUGGAGUUCUCAUAUCCAAUGGACAAGGAUUCAUGACACGGGAGUUUCUGAAGAGCCUGAGAAAACCUUUUUGUAACUUUAUGGAGCCCAAAUUUGAGUUUGCUGUGAAGUUCAAUGCACUGGAACUAGAUGAUAGUGACCUGGCAAUAUUUAUAGCUGUCAUUAUACUCAGUGGAGAUCGCCCCGGUUUGUUGAAUGUGAAGCCCAUUGAAGAUAUACAAGACAAUUUGCUGCAGGCUCUGGAGCUCCAACUAAAGCUGAAUCACCCAGAAUCAUCACAGCUGUUUGCAAAGUUGCUUCAGAAAAUGACGGACCUCAGACAGAUUGUAACAGAACAUGUGCAGCUGUUGCAAAUAAUAAAGAAAACGGAGACAGAUAUGAGUCUUCAUCCACUCCUACAAGAAAUCUACAAAGACUUGUAUUAAUGACCACAAAAAUUCUAAUCUGCUGACAUAAUGUACGUUCUUCAAAUUGCACUAUUUCUUUGAGGGAAAACAUUACAUACCUAAGAAAUUACUGUGAAAUACCAUUUAAAAAAGAGAGAAAGCUUUAGUAUAGUAGAUGUAUUUUAUGCAUAUUGUUUAUAAAGACACAUUUACAAUUUACUUUUAAUAUUAAAAAUGUCUAUAUCAUGAAA